AUGGCGGUGCAGGCCCCCGCUCUACCGGCCAUCGCCACGGGCUUCGUGCGCAAGUUGUACCGCAUCCUGGACCACGAGAGCGCGGCGGUCAUCGCCUGGGACGCCGACGGCGCGUCCUUCGCGGUGCUCGACCCGGACGCCCUGGAGACGAACGUGCUGCCGCGCUACUUCCGCGGCCGGCUGAGCGCCUUCCAGCAGCAGCUGAAGGAGCACAGCUUCAGCUCGGAGCCAGCGGUGCAGGGCCAGGAGCGCUACCGCCACCCGCUCUUCCGAAGGGGCUGCCCCGAAAUGCUCAACCAGAUCACACACACGCCGUUGCCUCGGAAGAGGCCCCCGAGGAGGAAGAAGCGCAAGCAAGCAGAGACCGAUGCACCCUCAGCAGCUACCACGAGUGAACUCAAGGUAGUCAAGAGCAGCGCCGAUAGAGGCGUCCACCGACUUGCACCGCGCCCAGAACCGGAGCCGCAGUACAAGCACGCCACUGUGGACUCGGCAGUGCUAGCGGGUAACCCCCUAUUUGCAGAGGACGAGUCCUCAUUGAGCGGGUUCGUGCCAGGACUGACGGUGGACAGCUUGGCAGUGCAGCCGGUGGAGCUCACUACACCAUUGGUCAAUGGGCUCAAGGAGGAGGCGAUGCCCGACGACGUCAUGGAGGCUUUGAUGCCAUUGCUGAGCACGUCCCUCACAGGCAGCCACAACAUCUUCGCAGAGGGCCGACCGACGGUUGUACUACCGCCACUGCCUCCGGGCAUCGUCGAGAACGGCCAGUUCUCCAACGACACACUCGACAACCUCAUGCGCUGGGCCUCGGCCAACGGAGCCAGCGCCUCAUGA